AUGCACUAUGAGCUGGCCAUGGACCACGUCGGCAGCGGCAUGACCUUCUGGCAGAUGGCCAGGGACUUCGAGCAUUUCAAGCGCCGCACAGUAAUGGUGAAGCUCACCGGCGUUAAUGACUUAAUGGUACGUCAAUUCGUCCUCUUCUCGGUCGAGUCUAACAUUUAG